UAUUUCAUAAAAAUAAUAACCAGAAGCACUUGAAGAUUCCCAAUAGAAUUUACAAUCAUGUAUCCAUCUCCAUUGUUCUUCCCUCAGGAUCUCAUCACCGAGGUGUUAUCUGUUCUUAAUGUUAAAUCUAUUUUGCGAUUCAGGUGCGUUAGCAAAUUCUGGGACGCUCUGAUUUCAGAUCCCACCUUUGUGAAAUUGCAUCUCAAAAGAUCAGCAAAGCGAAAUGCCCAAUUCAUUUUAAUUACCGGUCAUUCAAAACAUAUCCGAGGCGAGUCACCAUAUGGAAGUGAUGAUGAAUGCGAGCAUGAGUGGGGUGUCAUUCCCUAUUCCAUUAGCAGUUUGGUUGACAAUCCGUCCUUCAACCUUUCUGUCGACUCUUAUCAGCUGGUAGAAGACAAAGGAUGCUCUCGUAUAGUUGGUUCUUGCAAUGGAUUGAUCUGUUUAGCUGGCGACUACUUGAUCCGUGAGUAUAAAGACCACUGGCUUCGAUUGUGGAACCCAGCCACUAGGACAACAUCCCCAAAAUUUGGGUGUGUUCGCGAAUUUCGCAAUCCACUAGAUAUUUUCGCCUAUGAUCGCCGUUAUAAAUACACAUUUGGCUGGGAUGAAUCUACCGACACUUACAAGGUAGUUGCCUCAGAAUUCAAGGAACCUGAAAUGAGAAGCAAUGUGAGAAUUCUGAGUUUGGCUGAUAAUGUUUGGAGAAAAAUUGAAAGUUUCCCAGUUGAACCCAUGGGUUCAGACUUAUCUAUGGACAGCGGUUAUGAUGGUAUGUAUCUCAAAAGCACUAUUAAUUGGUUAGCUAUUCGUGAUAAACUUUGGUAUAUAGGUGAUGAUUAUAAGAAUAUUAAUGUUGAGCAAUUUGUUAUUGUUUCACUUGAUUUAAGAACUGAAACAUACAAUCAAUAUUUAUUACCUCGUGAUUUUGACGAGGUUCCUCCUGCACAGCCAACUGUUAGUGUGUUGGGGGAUUGUCUCUGUUUUUCUUAUUGUUACAAGGAAACAGAUUUUGUUAUAUGGAAGAUGGAAAAUUUCGGAGUUGAUGAUUCUUGGAUUCAAUUCCUUAAAAUUAGUUAUUACAGUCUUCAAAUUGAUUAUGACUAUAGUGACGAAUAUAUAAAGUAUCAUUUAAAUUUCGUUCCGCUGUUUCUGUCCAAGGAUGGUGAUACUUUGGUACUUGAUUGCAGUCAAGAAUACCCAGAUAUUAUUUAUAAUUGGAGAAAUAAUAAAGUAGUGCGAACAAACAUUAAUGUAAGGAAAACAGUUACUGAUGGCCAAACGUACGAUUCUGUCUCAUGCUCUGCCAAUGGCUAUUUUGAAAGCUUAGUUUCAGGAGUUGUCGGGGGAAUUCAGAGCUUCGAGAACAAGAGUUAAGGCAGUGUCGGGGGAGAAAGAAUUCAGAAGAAAAUGGUUUGAGUUAGAUAAGAGUUUUGUAUCUGGGCCUGAAAAAUUUGACCUGUUUUGACAUCAAGUGCAACAAAUGUAUUUUUUUACCUAUUGUCAGAACAAUUUCUAGUAUUACUUUCCAUAUGAGUGUAAAAGGCAACUCAUAUUUCAUUGAAAUGAUGUAGACUUCUGUUGGCUGAGUUGGAAUUACUUGUGCGUGUAAUUU